AUGGCCAGCUCUCCAGCCAAGAAGUGGUACCAUAUCAGGUGGUACUCGGACACGGACACCAAGGAAGAGCGCAAGUUCAUUCGUAAAAUCGAUGCCCUCAUCGUCCCUUACGCUGUUCUGGCGUACUGGGUCAAGUACAUUGACCAGUCCAACCUGAACAAUGCCUAUGUGGCAGGCCUGAAGGAAGACCUCGGCUUCCACGGCAAUGAGCUCGUGCAAUUGCAAACCUUUUACAUUAUUGGCGCCGUCACAGGACAGAUUCCAUUCUUUUUCCUGGUCACCUACAUCCCGAUGCACUGGUUGAUCCCCUUCCUCGACAUAAGCUGGGGCAUCUUCACGCUGCUGCAAUAUCGCGUCCAAGGUUUCCCCGAACUUGCUGCGUACCGGUUUCUUGUGGGCUUUUUUGAAGCAGCAUUCUUCCCCUUGAUCCAUUACGUACUCGGCGCAUGGUACCGCGGCGACGAGAUUGCGCGUCGUGGUGGCAUCUUCUACACUGGUCUGUCGCUCGGAACCUUGACAGCAGGUCUCAUCCAAGCCGGCGCCUCAGCGCGGCUCGAUGGUGUCAACGGCUUGGAAGGAUGGCGCUGGAUGUACAUCAUCUGUGCCAUCAUCACCAUUCCCGUUGGCAUCCUCGGAUACUUUGUCAUCCCCGGCACGCCCGAUCAGCCAAACCGUCGCGUAUUGACGGAACAGGACAUCAAGAUUGGCGAGAGUCGUCUUCAGCGUGCUGGCCAUGCAUCUCACGGCAAGCUCAAGCUUCAGGAUCUCAAGAAGAUUUUCCUGAAGCCGCAAUUCUGGGCAAUUAUCCUUAUCGACGUGCUCUUUUGGAAUGCCGGAAUCCACACAAGCUCUGGAUCCUUCCUGCUCUGGAUUAAGAGCUUGGGUCGAUACUCUGCGGCGCGAGUCAACGAGCUUGGUACUAUCGCACCCGGUUUGGGUAUUUUUUAUACCCUAUUUGUGUGCUUUGCAUCGGAUCUGGUCCUCGGUCCCGCAUGGGCCAUUACCAUGGCCCACGUGUGGAACAUUCUCGGCCUCAUUAUUCUCGUUAUCUGGGAUGUUCCCGAGUCUGCAAAGUGGUUUGCCUUCUCGACCAUUUACGCCUCCUACUCGAUGUCGAGUGUCUUCCACGGUUGGGUCAAUACACAGCUGCGUUCGUCACCUGCGCAGCGGUCCUUUACCCUCGUGCUCAUCAACGCCAUUUCACAGUCGUCCACGGCUUGGACGCCCUUGCUCGUAUUCCCGACCGUCGAGGCGCCUAGGUAUCCCAAGGGUUUUCCGUUCACGUUGGGCUCGGCGAUCCUUCUUAUCAUUGCGACACACGCUUUGCGGUUGCAUCUCAAGCGUCGAGACCCCAAGAUUGAAGACACCACGGCAUUUGCUGAAGAGGCGGCCCCAGUCCAGGAAACCGCUGCCAACAAAAGCAACAAAAGCACGCCGGUGAGCGUGUCGGGUAAAAGGGAUUCCAGCGAGUGA